AUGCAUGUGGGUGGAGGUCUGACUGCAUUCGUUUUUGCUCUGCUCUUUCUGUCAGGGCAAGCACAGGUGCAGGUAGUACCUCAAGGAAUAGAGUCAGUCAAUGGAUCUAAUAAUGUGACAAUGGGAUGUACUAGUCCACUAGUAGACAGUGGUGGUGUGAUGGUCUGUAAUGGGUCACUAAGCUAUCUGAUUGAUGGUUGCUCUCCUGAUAUUGACACAAGUACCUCUGACUGGGCAUCUCAGCUAGUGACAGUGAGGAGAGGGACAACUCCUGAUAUCCCUUUCCCUCAUGUUCUGCUGACAUUUGGCUUUGAUACAGCUGUGUCUCUGACUGGAAUUGAGAUGGACUUGUUCAACUGUCCUGACUGGAACAUUGGUGCUCCAUCUAUCACAGUGUAUCUCAAUCCAGAUUACAACUUAGCAGCUACCACCAACAUACUUUAUAGUGAUCCAAUUGUGUUUGCCAGUAACAACUCCCACCAGUCAUCUUGUGACUCUCUUUCAAAUGUUACCUUUUCUGGAGGCUCAUUCCUAAGUGGACCUCAUCGCACAGUCUAUAUUCUAGUGGACCUAUCACACACCUCAUCAAUACAGUGGGUUCAUGUGGGAGAGGUCAGGUUCAUUGGUAUAGACAGGCCAACUUGUCUUCAACCAACCCUUUCAUCACCUCCAAUAAUGACAGAACCAACAUAUUCCUCUUCUUCACCUGUUGCAACUUCAAUGUCGACUCAGUCAUCUUCACCUUCACUUAAUGCUACCACUACAUCUGCUCCUUAUGAAGAAGCCACAACCCCUCCUCCCAACCAUCUUCCUACCAACACUUCUUCGGAGGUUUUAACUGUACUAACUUCUAUACACACUUCAUCCACUGUCAUUGAGAGAAUUUCUGCUAGUGGAAGUGCUGUCUCCACUGAAAUAACCAUGCCAAUUUCCAGUUCCCCCUCUCCUACCACUGCACUUACUCACGGUACUGAGAUAAUCACACAGUCACCAACAAUGACAGAUAACGAUACUGGCUAACAAUACCAAUAUCGAG